AUAAUAAAGAGAGUCAAUAGGAGUGCUCAUAAGUGUGAUUUGUAUGCACAUGUUAUAAAUUAUAUAAAAAGACGAACCAUAUUUCAGUUGAAAUGUCACUAUUACUGUUUUAGCAUCCUGUACUCCUCUUUAUUUAGAACCUUAGUACCUUACCAUGUGAGUGAAGAGUUCAAAAACCUCUGCAAAAACUCUCUCUUUUUUUUUAUCUCUCUCUCUCUCAUUAAAUCUUACUUUCAAACACUAAAUAGCCAAACUUCAACAGUGUAAUUUACAGCAAGAACAAAAUGUAUAAGAAUCAGCUACAAGAGCUUGCACAGAGAAGCUGUUUCAACUUACCAUCAUAUACUUGCAUAAGAGAAGGACCAGAUCAUGCGCCAAGAUUCAAAGCUUCUGUUAACUUCAAUGGUGAGAUAUUUGAGAGUCCCACUUACUGCUCUACUCUCAGACAAGCUGAGCAUGCAGCAGCUGAAGUUUCUCUUAGCGUCCUUUCUUCUAGAGUCCCUUCAAGAGCCUUAACUGCUAAGAUUCUUGAUGAGACAGGGAUUUACAAGAACCUUCUUCAAGAGACAGCACAUAGAGCUGGUCUUGAUCUACCUAUGUACACAAGUGUGAGAUCAGGAUCUUGUCACUUCCCAGGUUUCUCUUGCACUGUGGAACUUGCUGGGAUGCGUUUUACAGGAGAAUCAGCAAAGACAAAGAAACAAGCUGAGAAAAACGCAGCAAUUGCAGCUUGGUCCUCUUUGAAAAAAAUGUCAAGAUUGGAAUCUCAAGAUGAAGAGAAGGAACAAGAGGCAGUAGCAAGAGUACUCUCAAGAUUCAAACCCAAAGAAGUAAGAAGAAGAGAGACAACAAACCAAUGGAGAAGAAGAACAAGUCAUCAAGAUACAACAAACAAGGAUUUGCUGACUGAGAGAUUGAGAUGGAUCAAUCUAUUGACCAAUCAAGCUUCAUCUUCACCAUCAUCAUCAGCAACACAGAAUCAACACAAGAAACCAAGUUUCAUCUCUCUAGUUCCCCCACCAACACAGCCUAAAUCCUCCAAAAUUCUGCCAUUUAGAACAAAUCUCCAAGAAGCUAAGCCUGAGACAGAGACGAUGAUCACAAACUCGUUUCCUUUACCAAUGGCUGAUCAUAAGGCCAAACUCAAUGAAUCAUCAAACAGCUUCAGCAAGCAAUCACCCUUUUCUGACAAGGGAAGAUACAAUUUCGUCGGAGGUUGUAACCUAAACUCUAAUAGAUUUGCUCCAGUAGUUCAUAUGAGAUCAGUGAUCCCGGUUUUCGCAGCUCCACCAUCAAAACCAAACUUUAAACCGAACCCAUCAUCGUUAUCGUCGUCAGUCAAUGAAUCCACCACAUCCAUAAGCCAUUGUUCUGUUACAAGUACGCCGGGACUGGGAGGCCAAGAGAAGAAGAAGAGCUCAAGACGUGAAAGGAUCAAACUUGGUUUAGAAUCGAGAGUUUUAGAUCAAACCCAUGAUUAGUUAGCUAAUUUUGUGGUUUAAAUGACUAAUCUCAAAUAAUAUUGUUCUUUGUUAAGUGUUGUAACUUGUCAGUUUUCAUAUAGAUAUCAUUAUAGACCAGAAUACGUUUCCGUUUCUUGAUUGUGUUCUUGUUUUUUUAUUUUUUUCUGGUCCGACAUGAAUUUUGAAUGCUUGCGAAUUGCACAGAGAACGAAAACACUGAGGGAGAGAGAGAG